AGCCGGGCCCGGGUCUGCCCGACGAGCCGCGGGGCCACGGGAGGCUGCCCGUGCCGCAGGGAGCCCCCGCGGCGAUGGGGCCGAGCGCGGACGACCUGUUCGCGGGGCUCGGCGUCGGCGACGAGGAGCCGCUGGCCCUCGAGGACGCGUCGGGUGCCGCGCCGCCCGGCGGGUUCGGCGGCAGCGGGGCCGGCUUCGCCGCCGAGGAGGGCCCCGAAGGGGACGGGCUGCUGCUGCCGUACGAGGACCAAGGCCUGGAGGAGGAGGAGGACGACCUCUUCGGCUUCGGCGAUCUCCCACAGACGAUGGGCGCGCCCAAGGUGAGGGGUCCGCAGAUGAAGAUCGACGCAAGCGGGAACAUCGUUCUCGACGAAUCGAGCCUCCACAGAACACUCCACGCGGAUGACAUGGCCGACACAGAGGAGGCCGCCUCCACCACCGUCCAGUCGGUCAGCGUCUACACUAGCGCCUACCGCAGAACUCCGCCGACGAAGUGGACCGAGCUGGAGACAGAGCAGUUUUACGAGGCCCUGAGGCUGUACGGCUCCGACCUCUUCCUCGUCCAGACCUUUUUCCGCAACAAGAGCACGGCGCAGAUCAAGACGAAGUUCCAGAAAGAGCUCAAGAAACAUCCUGACAAGGUGGACGAGGCCCUCACGAAGCAGGCCAAGAAGCUCACGAAGCACACCUUCGAGCAGCUGCACGGCAAGAUCGACACCUCAAAGCACUACAAGCCGCCGCCAACACCGCCGUCUGGGGAGGACGAGGCCGACGGGUCGCUGCCCGGACAGGGGCGCCCGUCGGCGCCCGAGGAGGACGACGUGCCGCCGCCAGAGCCGGAGUACUCGGCCGAGGACGAGAGCCUGACCACGAACAGACUCAUGGCCCUCUUCGACUGAGCCGCCCCGCCGUGCGCGCCGCCGUGGCUCUGCGCCCGCCGCCCCCACCGGGCGGCGGCGUGCCGGGCGGCUUGGCCGCGCGCCAGAGCGGGGCGCCGGCGGCCGAAG